GACAGAGUAGACAGACGUGACAAGAGAAACAAAAAUAAAAUUAUUAACAAUUCCAAAAAUUGGGAGAAAAGUUUCUUUGAUGCAUUUCAUAUUCAUUUUCAUCACUAAAUAACUAAAACAUAAAUUAAAUAAUGUUUUCCCUAAGAAUACUGCAGUGCAAAUAUUCAGUUUUAGUCACCGCCAGCCUGCUAGUCAUCCCAAUCUACUCGUGGAAUUGUUUUUUCAAAUACUGGAAAAAAUUACAAAACGAUUACCAACAAGCAAUCCUAUUUAAUCAAAGACACAAUUGUGUCGUUACAUAUCAAGCAAACAAAGGCUUCUCGGGAUGGCCCCCCAAUGUGGGCAGGGUGAAACCGAGGCUCGACAAACCUUUUGAAGAGCUUUAUGAACCAAUAUUGUAUUUUAUAAGUACUGCAGAGAAAACAUUGGAUGUUGCUGUUAUGUUGAUAAAUGUCAAAUGUAUUUUUGUGGAGCUAGUCAAAGCCAAACAACGAGGAGUAACAGUUAAAAUAAUAUUUGAUUUCCAUCAUACUGAGAGUUCAAAGGACUACAUAAAAAAGGCCGUUAAAAAAUAUGAUAUAGAAUGCCAAUACUUUGUAACUGCCGGCAAUAACUCGGACACAAUCAUGCACCACAAAUACUUGAUUAAAGAUUAUAGUGAAACUAAUGGUUUUGUGUGUACAGGCUCCAUGAAUUUCUCUACAACCUCUGUGCUAAUCAAUUACGAAUCUUUUGUAUUUAUGUCAAAUCGUGAUGUGGUAUCAGCAUUUAAAAGAAACUUUGAUGAAAUAUGGGAAAGUAUUCAUAUGGAUAAUCAAGGACUUAUUAAUAAAACUAUUCUGAUGGACGCUCACUUAGAGUCUUGACUUGUUUUUUUGUGAUGGGGUAAAUAAAAUGUUUA